CGGGCUCUAUGUGACAGAAGGAAGAAGGCUCGUGACGGGCAGCCGGGAUCCAACCUUCAAAAGCCGGCUGUUCUUUCGCCACUUCCUACCGACCACAAAAUACAGGCGUUCCAUGGCUACCAAAGGGAUGAACCUGUGCAAUGUGUGCUGCCUGCUCCUUUACGUUGUCACGGCGGUGCUGGCGGGACGAGAUUUCUAUCAGAUCUUGGGGGUGACAAAGAGUGCAACGAUCAGGGAUAUCAAGAAGGCCUACAGAAAGCUGGCUCUCCAGCUGCACCCCGACAGAAACCCCGACGACCCGAAAGCUCAGGAUAAAUUCGCAGACUUGGGUGCAGCUUAUGAGGUGCUCUCGGACGAGGAGAAAAGGAAACAGUACGAUGCGUACGGAGAAGAUGGACUCAAAGAGGGUCACCACGGUUCACACAAUGAUAUCUUCUCCAGCUUCUUUGGUGACUUUGGUUUCAUGUUUGGAGGAAAUCGACAGCAACAGGACAAGAACAUCCCCAGAGGAAAUGACAUCAUACUAGACCUGGAGGUCAUGCUUGAAGAGGUGUACUCUGGGAACUUUGUCGAGGUUGUACGCAACAAGCCCAUCGCCAAAGAAGCCCCCGGCAAGAGGAAGUGUAACUGCAGGCAGGAGAUGAGGACGACGCAGCUGGGACCCGGACGCUUCCAGAUGACUCAGGAGAUGGUGUGCGACGAGUGUCCCAACGUGAAGCUGGUGAAUGAAGAGCGGACCUUGGAGGUUGAAAUUGAACAAGGAGUCCGAGAUGAAAUGGAGUACCCCUUCAUUGGGGAAGGGGAACCUCACAUCGACGGCGAGCCCGGAGAUCUGCGUUUCCGCAUCAAAGUGCUAAAACAUCCUGUGUUUGAACGCAGAGGAGACGACCUGUACACCAACGUCACCAUCUCCCUGGUGGAGGCGCUGGUCGGCUUUGCGAUGGACAUCGAACAUCUGGACGGACACAAGGUCCACAUAGAGAGGGAUAAGAUCACCAAGCCCGGCGCCCGGAUGUGGAAGAAGGGAGAGGGCCUGCCCAACUUCGACAACAUCAACAUCCGCGGCUCCCUCAUCAUCACCUUCGACGUGGAGUUCCCUCAGACGCAGCUCGACGAACAUCAGAAGGAUGGUAUCCGGAGUCUUCUGAAGCAGGGCUCUGUACAGAAGGUGUAUAACGGACUCCAGGGAUACUAGCACAGACACAGCCUGGACUGAGUUAUCUCUCUCUCACACACACACACACACACACACACACACACCUUCAUCAACAGGACGGCGCUGCGUGAAUCUGACAUAGGUGUAUUUAUUGUCUUCAGAUUGUUCUCAGGACGGCUUCAACCCAAUUAGGUUUUUAAUGCUCUACAUUUGGACAGCAGUUGCAGGUGUUUUUAUUUGCAUGCAUCAACUGAAAAGAUGCCGUUUUCUUUUUGUUGUAGCUUUUUUUCUUCCCCAACUCAAAUUAUGCUGUAAUAGGUCUUUUCUGUUUGUUUUAAAAAGCUAAAUCAACAAUUUGCGAGUCAAGUUACCCUGUAUACUGUCUGUUUAAGCCACUGAGCCUCUGUGCCACCCAUCAGUCUGAUGAUGAUGAUGAAGAAGACGAGGCACAAAGCCUGGUACCGAACACGGCUCGUGGCCUCUCACACCUUUUCUUGUCAGGCUCCUGUUCUUUAACUCUUUGUAAAUAGGAAAGUACAAAGCUCAUCAGUUUGUUGUGUUCCAGUUUUUU